AAAGUUCUGCAUACUUUAUUGGAUAUUUAUUCAAAACCAGUGAUCUAUAUCUUGUUGUUGAGGCUCCAAAUGUGAUAUCCACCCUGAUUAUUUUACUAAGUGAUUCAGAUUCAGCUACCGUGACGGUUGCUUGGGAAGCAUUGUCUAGUGUGAUAAGUUCAGUUCCUGAAGAAGUUCUUCCUUCAUAUAUAAAGUUGGUUCGUGAUGUAUAGAAACAUGCCCGGAGGACCAGUUCUAAUACCUGGUUUUUUCCUCUGGAAAGCUCUUCAACCUGUGCUUCCUAUUUUCCUCCAGGGUCUUACAAGUGGAUCUGCUGAAUUAAGAAAGCAAGCCGCUUUGGGCCUUGGAGAGUUAAUUGAAGUGACAAGUGAGCAAGCAUUAAAGGAGUUUGUCAUUCCAAUCACAGGGACUGUUCGAUCAUGUGCUGCUAUUGCCCUUCGUAAACUAAGUGCACUCACAAUUAGGAUUGAUCCUUUGGUUGGUGAUCUUUUAUCUGCUUUACAGCAUGCUUCAGAUGUUGGAAUUCGUGAGGCUAGUUUGAUUGCUUUCAAAGGAGUGAUAAAACAUGCUGGCAAAAGUCGGGGGAAACAGAAAAGCUUCUCUUUUUUCUCUGAAUGCUGGCCUGAAUCAACCCAGUCUUGUCUCUUGGGUCCAGUGGUUUCUAUCAAAAUGAUUCGAUUCAUUGUGCUUCAAAACUGGUUGAUUUGCAAGCUCAGGAUUGUGCUCAUAGGAUUGAUCAGAAGAAGGAAUUUCAAGGGUUCCGUUUUUGCACCGAGAUACUAUUGAGGAAAAGAUGAUUGAAAGAGCUUUUAAGAAGCUUGCACUUGAUGCUUUGGUUAUCCAGCAAGGGAAGGCUGGCAGAGCAAAAAGGUUUGUCAUGCUUUGGUUAUCUAGCGAGGAAGGCUGGCAGAGCAAAAAGG